AUGAAAGGAUAUCAAAAAAGUUCGCCAAAUCUUAAAUUUCUACAGCCAUAGUUAACUGCUCGUUAACCAAAGAGGACUGAUUCAAUUAAUUUACGAUUUGAUGUAUAGAAGAAGUUUCGAACUAAUCAAACGGAGAAUUCAAUGUCGAUUGACAAAAUAUAUUAAAUUACUCCAAGUAGAGUGCUCACUCUUAAAAAUAUGUCUCGAGUCAUGAAAUCAAAUUUCAUUCAUAAAACAGAACCCAAUGAAACUUUUGAUAAAUAAAACAUAGACAAUCAAAGAAUGUUAAGCAGAAAGCAAACAGCUCCAAAAUUGAUAUAUAGACCCAUAAUAAAAUAAAAUAGCGAAGUGUUUUGUAUGAAAGAUUCACCCAGAAUUAUUCAAAAUACAAGUAUGUAAGAGAGCAAUUCAAUUUAUUAUAUCUCUGAUGUUGUCACUGCUUUUGAAAGUAAAGAGAACUAUUUUAACAAACUUUUCAAGGAACAUUUUUUAUCAAGUUGCAUGGCUUUGAAAUAAUGUGUAAAUUCUAAGAUAAUUUACAAACCAAAACCAGUUAUAAUCCAAAAUAAUCCAUAAAAUAUUAAAAAGUACACUUUACUAUUUGAUUUGGAUGAGACUUUAGUACAUUGCACGCUAGAUAUGAAAUUGCCUUGUGACAAAAAACUAAUCAUCAAACUUUCUUAGGAUGAAACAUUUUAAGUAGGCGUUUCGGUUCGACCUGGUUUACACGUAAUGCUGGAAUUGCUGGAACCCAAUUUCGAAAUCAUAGUAUUCACAGCCUCACAUGGAUAAUAUGCAAAACGAAUUGUUGAAUAUAUUGAUCCAAAGAGAAUCAUCUCUCGAGUGUUGUCAAGAGAACAUUGUUGCUUUACUGAUCAAGGCUAGUAUGUUAAGGAUUUAUCCAUCAUCAAGAAUCUUCCAAUCUCGAGAACUCUUCUAGUUGAUAACUCUGCGAUUAGUUAUUUAUGUUAACUUGACAACGGGGUUCCGAUUAUUCCAUAUUAUGACAAUAAGCAAGAUAAGCAAUUAUUGCAAUUAGCAAUAUAUCUUAAUGGAAUGGUGGGGGCAAAUGAUUUACGCGAAUAGAAUCAAACAAAUUUAAAAAACUAUCUAUUUGCUUAGCUAUAAACUCAGGAAUAGGUUCUAGAAAUGUAUAAGGUUCUUCACUAUUCGAAAAAGAAUUGA